AUGCACCCAAAUGCUGAUCGCUUUGCUAAAGAUGAUAAGCAGAUUCGGGAAACAGGCUGCCCUUCACCCCACGCCUUUGGCUGCCUGCCAGGGGCUAGCACUGCCUGCCUUCCACCCCAGAAGUGGCUACAUUUCCAUCCUGAAACCAAAGAUGCAGCGCCGAGCCAGGCUGGGGCGGCGCCCGACCCCGCCGAGCUCAUCCGGCGUGCCCACGAGUUCAAGAGCCAAGGGGCGCAGUGCUACAAGGACAAGAAAUUCCGCGAGGCCAUCGGCAAAUACCACCGCGCGUUGCUGGAGUUGAAGGGACUGCUGCCGCCCCCCGGGGAACGGGAGCGGGACUCGCGCGCGGCUUCCCAGGCCGGGGCCCCCAAACCCGGCUGCCUUUCAGAGGAGCAGAGCAAGACUGUGGAAGCCAUCGAGAUCGACUGCUACAACAGCCUGGCAGCCUGCCUGCUCCAGGCUGAGCUGGUGAACUACGAGCGAGUCAAGGAGUAUUGCCUCAAAGUCCUGAAGAAGGAAGGGGAGAACUUCAAGGCCCUUUACCGGUCAGGUGUGGCCUUCUACCACCUUGGGGACUAUGACAAAGCACUCUAUUACCUGAAAGAAGCAAAGACUCGACAACCAACAGACACCAACGUGAUUCGAUAUAUCCAGCUGACGGAAAUGAAGCUCAGCAGAUGCUCCCAGAGAGAGAAAGAAGCCAUGUAA